UGACACCUUGAUUACAGACUUCUGGCCUCCAGAAUUGUGUGAGAGAGAAUAAAUUUCUGUUGUUUUAAGCUACCCUGUUUGUGCUACUUUGUUAAGAUAGCCCUAGGAAACUAUUACAACCUCCAUUUUCCAAAUGAAGUAAGGUAUGCUCGGAAAUGCUGCUUUACCCAAUUGCAAUUUCUUAGAGCUCCCUGACUGCAAACUCUUGAACCACAUGCUCCUUUACUCCCUUGCUGGUUGAUCUAGCCUAUUAGGUGCUGGUUCCCUUUCUCUUCUGUUAACAUCAUAUUCUAGAUAAAUGACAACAUCUUCAAGAUAAAUUACAUAACAACAUCAGCAUUCUCCCAAGUCUGAUUGUGCAGAACAUUAGUUCUAUGAGAUGUUAGACUGUUAGCAUGCAAAAAAAAAAAAAAGUUUUCAAGGUUGAAAAAAAGAGACAGCGAAAUUCUGUGUAAAUCAGGCUUUUUUGUUUGGUUUUUUUUCUGUAGGACCUCAUAGAAACUUCAAAAUGUACUGUGAAUCUCUAAAAGGGGCAUAUUAGAGCUUGCCGUGUUUCUCAGGCUGAUUUGACCAAGAAAGUCUUUUCUUUACAGAGCAUCUCGUGGAUUCGUGUUUAGUGGGAGAUACUGUGGGAAGUGCUAACUUGAAGGAUUAAUAACUCUUUUCUUUUCUUUUUUUGACAUCAUUUACAUGCCAACCAUGUUUUUUGAGUAUUAUCUUCACAUAGAUGUCUAAAGAAGAAUUGAAAAAUAUUCUUGCUGCAUCAGAAAUAUGUUGACAAACCACCUUUUGGGUCUGAACCAACAACAAGCAAAGUUAAAUUAUGGAUAUCUCCGUACCUUGCAUAGAAGGUCCAUGCAAGACAUUUUGACUAUUUAUCUGAACUAGAUAUCCCUUGAAUGUGCACACAAAAAGUGAAUGGCUCAUUUGAUAAGGGAAAACUAGGUUCUAAGAUGGCUGAAUAGGAACAGCUCCAGUCUGCAGCUCCCAGUGUGAGCAAUGAAGAAGAUGGGCGAUUUCUGCAUUUCCAACUGAGCAUGGAAAGAAAAUUUAUGUCCUUGCAUCCAUCCAUCUCCGUAUCAGAAAUGGAACCAAAUGGCACCUUCAGCAGUAACAACAACAGCAGAAACUGCACAAUUGAAAACUUCAAGAGAGAAUUUUUCCCAGUUGUAUAUCUGAUAAUAUUUGUCUGGGGAGUCUUGGGAAAUGGCUUGUCCAUAUAUGUUUUCCUGCAGCCUUAUAAGAAGUCCACAUCUGUGAAUGUUUUCAUGCUAAAUCUGGCCAUUUCAGAUCUCCUGUUCAUAAGCACACUUCCCUUCAGGGCUGACUAUUAUCUUAGAGGCUCCGACUGGAUAUUUGGAGACCUGGCCUGCAGGAUUAUGUCUUAUUCCUUGUAUGUCAACAUGUACAGCAGUAUUUAUUUCCUGACCGUGCUGAGUGUUGUGCGUUUCCUGGCAACUGUUCACCCCUUUCGGCUUCUGCAUGUCACCAGCAUCAGGAGUGCCUGGAUCCUAUGUGGGAUCAUAUGGAUCUUUACCAUGGCUUCCUCAGUAAUGCUCCUCAACAAUGGCUCUGAGCAGAAGGGCAGUGUCAUAUCAUGCUUAGAGCUGAAUCUCUACACAAUUACUAAGCUGCAGACCAUGAACUAUAUUGCCUUAGUGGUGGGCUUCCUGCUGCCGUUUUUCACACUCAGCAUCUGUUAUCUGCUGAUCAUUCGGGCUCUGUUAAAAGUGGAGGUCCCAGAAUCGGGGCUGCGGGUUUCUCACAGGAAGGCACUGACCACCAUCAUCAUCACCUUGAUCAUCUUCUUCUUGUGUUUCCUGCCCUAUCACACACUGAGGACCCUUCACUUGGUGACAUGGAAAGAGGAUAUAUGCGAAGACAGGCUGCAUAAAGCUGUGGUUAUCACACUGGCCUUGGCAGCAGCCAAUACAUGCUUCAAUCCUCUGCUCUAUUACUUUGCUGGGGAGAAUUUUAAGGACAGACUAAGGUCUGCACUCCGAAAAGGCCAUCCAUAGAAGGCAAAGACAAAGCGUGGUUUCCCUGUUAGUGUGUGAUUGAGAAAGGAAACAAAAGUAUAAGGAGUUCUUAGAUGAGACUUGUUCUUGUAUCAUUGUGUCCAUCUUCAUUCACGCAUAGUCUCCAAAUGACUUUGUAUUUACAUCAUUCCCAACAAAUGUUGAUUCUUAAUAUUUAGUUGACCAUGACUUUUGUUAAUAAGAACGACUUCAAAAAUUUUAUUCAGUAUAUUUUCAGUUGUUGAGUCUUAAUGAGGGAUACAGGAGGAAAAAUCCCUACUAGAGUCCUGUGGGCUGAAAUAUCAGACUGGGAAAAAAUGCAAAGCACAUUGGAUCCUACUUUUCUCCAGAUAUUGAACCAGAUAUCUGGCCCAUCAGGCUUUCUAAAUUCUUCAAAACAGCCACAACUUCCCCAGCUUCCCCAGCUCCCCUGCCCUCUUCAAUUCCCUGAGAUAUAGCCAACUAACGACGCUACUGGAAGCCCCAGAGCAGAUAAGAAGCACAUCCUAAGAUUCAGGGAAAGAAGAGGAAGGCUGUCCUAUAACAAAGCAACUUCAAGUCCCAAGUAAGGACAGUGAGAGAAAAGAGGGGAGAAGGAUUGGAGCAAAAGAGAACUGGCGAUAAGUGGGGGAAGGAAUAAUUUCAUUUUGCACUGGGAGAGAGGUUCUAACACACUGAAGGCAACACUAUUUCUAUUGUUUCUCUCUUGCCAGGGUAUUAGGAAGGACAGGAAAAGUAGGAGGAGGCAUUGCCCUGGGAAAUGAAAGAAUUGUGUAUAGAAUGGAAGGGGGAGCAUCAAGGACAUGUAUCUCAAAUUUUCUUUCUGUCCUUGCUGCAGUUCUCCUUCCCAUUAAUUCAUUGGGAUGGAAGCCAAAAAUAAAAGAGGUGCCUCUGAGGGUUAGGAUUGGGCACUCAAGGGAAGGAUAGAGUAGAGGGCAAAUUGCAAAAGUUGUUGCACUCCUGAAAUUCUAUUAACAUUUCGGCAGAAGAUGAGCAGGGUGAUGCUGCCUUCCCUUUUGAGAUAGUAUAGAAAAACACUAGAUAGUGUGAGAGGUUCCUUUCUGUCCACUGAAACAAGACUAAGGGUACUACCAACUACUACCACCAUGACCACUGUACUGCCAACAAUUGAAUGCAGUCCCCCUGCAGGGCAGAUUAUGCCAGGCACUUUACAUUGUUUGAUCCCAUUUGACAUUCACACCAAAACUCUGAGUUCCAUGUUACAGCUGAAGAAAUUGAAGCUCAGAGAAAUUAAGAAGCUUUUUUAAGUUUACACAGCUAGUAAGAGUUUUAAAAAUCUCUGUGCAGAAGUGUAGGCUGGGUGCUCUCCCCACUGCUAUCCUUGUAAACUUCCAGGAAGAUUGGUUGAAAGUCUGAAUAAAGUGUCUCCUCUCCUACCA